AUGUUCCAGCUUAAAGUUCUUAAAUAUUUAAUUGCAUUAAUUUCAGCAAUUGAAAUAGUGGAAUCAUCUCCUUGGAGUUCUAAAGAGUUAUUUUUGCCUUUUGAUUCAACGUCAUCAACUUUGCCAACGACUACAUCCUCAUUACCAUUCCCUUCAUCAUCAUCUUUUGAUCCUCAUUUACAUUCCUCAGUAGCUGAUGAUGUUACCGUGGAGCCAACAUCAUUCCAACUGCCAACCACCAACACCACACCCAGCAACCUCAGUAGAACCAGCUGUCCUAACGACGAGAUGUUCUGCUGGUUGGACUUGAAGUUCCACGAAUUGCACUCCAGCCACACCCAGCACAUAACAUCGUACAGUGAACAGUUUGAAGGAAUGCCUGAUGAAUGCAGAAAAGAUCGUUGUGCUGAAGAUCGGGCUUUAAACACGGAUGGAUAUUUUGAUUGGCUGAGAACACGAAUAGGCUUCAGCUGUUUCCUCAAAAAUCUUGAGAAAGAAGUUCACACGGGGCAAUACAAAAUCAUAAUGAACCUAAUUUUCGAUCCAGUGUUUAGCUCGUUUUGGGUUCGAAAUUUAUUACAGUUCACCGAAUUGCCAGUGCAAAUGAACAAGAUAUGGAGAUAUAUGGGAAAAAAGGGGCACGAGCAACUAGACGAGCAGCAUAGUUAA